UUCCUCGCGCUCUCUCUCGCCUUGCCGCAUUCUUACUUAUUGAUUGCACUUUCCUUCACUCAUUGCCCUCACUCAUUUCCCAAGCCGUGUGUCACUGGACUGACACUCUCCGCCCUUCAUCACCGUCAACUUCAUUCUCGUCCAGCACUGACGCACCAACACAUCUAAAGACAACCGGUAUCCUCACACUUUGCAAACAUGGCCCCCCACGCUGAAGGCUUGGCUAGGCGUUCUGCCAACGGUUCGACCAACUCGUCCAGGUACCACGCCUCGUCGACCAAGAAUGCAAUCGCUGCUGAGCACAAGUUUGCUGCUCACAACUACCACCCUCUUCCUGUUGUCUUCUCCCGUGCCCAGGGCAUUGAUGUCUGGGAUCCUGAAGGCAAACAUUACCUUGAUUUCCUAUCCGCCUACAGUGCUGUCAACCAGGGCCAUUGCCACCCAGAGCUUGUCAAGGCACUAACGGAACAGGCUGGUCGUUUGACACUGAGCUCGAGAGCUUUUCACAAUGACGUUUUCCCCAAAUGGGCUGAGAAGGUCCAACAGAUGUUUGGUUACGACAUGGUUUUACCUAUGAACACCGGCGCAGAAGCCGUGGAGACAGCUAUCAAGAUCGCAAGGAAGUGGGCAUAUAAAGUCAAGGGUGUGCCUGAGGGCAAAGCAUUGGUCUUUGGAGUUAAAGAGAACUUCCAUGGUCGAACGAUGAUAGCUGUCACGCUCUCUACCGACCCUGAGUCCAAGGACAAUUAUGGGCCAUAUAUACCAAAUAUCGGGGCCACCUCUCCGUCCACAGGAGAGCCCAUUCGGUACAACAACGUCGCUGAUUUAGAGGCGGUGCUUGAGGCUCAUGGCAAAGAAACGGCAGCUUUUAUUGUUGAGCCUAUCCAGGGAGAGGCCGGUGUUGUUGUUCCUGAUGAUGACUACCUGAGAAGAGUUCAAGACCUUUGCAGGAAACAUAAUGUCUUGUUGAUAUGUGAUGAGAUCCAGACUGGCAUUGGCAGGACAGGACGGAUGCUCUGCUCGGAGUGGGCUGGGAUCAAACCAGACAUGGUGACACUUGGCAAGGCUAUAUCUGGUGGCAUGUACCCAGUUAGCUGUGUUCUCAGCAGUAAAGAGAUCAUGCUAGUUGUCGAGCCUGGCACACACGGCUCCACCUAUGGUGGAAAUCCUCUUGGUUGUGCUGUCUCUAUCCGUGCACUUGAGCUCAUGGAAGAAGAACAGCUCACUCAGAAGGCUGAGAAACUAGGCAACAUUUUCCGAGAAAGCUUAACUGCUUUGAAAUCGCCAAUUAUCAAGACGAUCCGUGGUAAGGGAUUGCUGAAUGCUGUCGUGGUAGAUGAGUCACAAACGAGCGGUCAUUCAGCUUGGGAUCUUUGCCUUCUUCUAAAGGAGAAAGGCCUCUUAGCUAAACCGACCCAUGGGGAUAUCAUCCGUUUUGCACCCCCGUUGGUUAUAACUGAGGAUCAGAUGCAGAAGGCCGUUGCCAUAAUCGGCGCUGCAUUGCAAGAGCUACCCAAGAUGAAGAAACACGAGAAUGUUCAAGUAGGACUGGAGAAUUGAUAGAUGCAACGACGGUGUAUAAUUUACAGCCGCAUCUUGAAGAACAACUGUACUGCUUGACCAUAAUGUGGCAGACUGCUUAUGCGAGCUCUAGUGUAUUCGAAAAUAAAACUGGCUCAGUGGGAAACUGUGUGCGAGACUCAGACCAUCAGCAUGCCAUCUUACUUCGGAGAGGAUAGAGCAUCUUCUCUUUGGAACAGGGUGUCGGGGUGUUGGUGGUGGGGGCGGGGA